AUGAGUCGAUCCGCCUACACGUCUUGCUUUUACUGCUAUAUCGGGAGUUACUCCACGUAUUGCUUGACGUAA